AUGACAUGGGGCUACGCCGCAGCCUUCGGCGUCUAUCAGCUUUACUAUGUUGAGACUCUCGGGCUUCCCGCCUCACAAGUUUCAUGGAUUGGUUCUGUCCAGAUCUUCUUCACCUACGCCAUCUGCGCCGUGUCUGGGCGGCUUGCCGACGCAGGCUAUACUCGCGUUACUGUCGCGGUAGGCACAUUCUUGGCUGUGUUUGGCACUUUCAUGACGAGCCUCGCCAAGACGUACUGGCAAAUCUUUCUCGCCCAAGCCGUGUGCAUCGGCAUUGGACUCGGUGUGACGUUUAUGCCCGCUAUUUCUAUCCUGAGCUCGUACUUUGAGAAAAACAGGGCCUUUGCUCUCGCCGUCUCGGCGGUUGGCACAUCAGUUGGCAGCGUGUCGUUUCCCGCCAUGAUACAACAUUUGACGGCUAGGAUCGGAUUCCCUUGGGCAGUCCGAUGUGCGGGUUUCCUUGCCCUGGCCAUGGCUGUUGUUGCCAAUGUGUUGCUAAAGCCCAGAUUGCCGCCUCGCAAAUCGGGGCCCCUUUUGGAACUCAAGGCAUUUUCAGAGCUGCCCUACCUUUUGUUCUCCAUGGCUGCGUUUGUAUACUUUUAUGCUCUCUACUUUGUCUUCUUCUAUAUUAACAGUUACGCCCGUAACAUCAUUGGCUUUUCAAACAGUGAUUCCAUCAAUCUGCUCAUCAUCACGAAUGCCAUGGGCAUCCCGAUGCGGCCGAUUGCAGGCUUCAUUGCAGACAGAUGGACUGGGCCAAUCAACCUCUUCAUCGCCGCCCUCACGGUGGUGUUCGCCGUACUGUACUCCUGGACCGGAGUCACAACCCGAACUGGCAUGUACGUCUUUAGCGUCGUCUACGGCUUAUCAAUCGGCGCGAACCAGGGCCUGUUUGUUGCGUCCCUGACGAGCUUGACCAAAGACCCGCAGAAGAUGGGUGUGAGGUUUGGCAUGGUGGAAACACUCAGUGCGCUGGCAACGGUGGCCGGGGCCCCAACAGCAGGUGCCAUUAUCGACCACGACCAUGGAAACUAUUUUUGGGCACAGAUAUGGGGAGGGACUGUGAUGGCUGCGGCAACCGUCAUUUUUGUAUCAUGUCGUAUCUCUGUAACUGGAUGGAGGUUCUGGGCCAAGGUCUAG